AUGCGCUUCGCUCUCCUCGCCGGCCUGGCCUCCCUGGUCUCCUCUGUCACUGCUACUGCUUUGACCUACCGCCUUGAGGCCAACGAGAAAGCAUGCUUCUACACCAACGUUGACACUUCCAACGCCAAGGUGGCUUUCUACUUUGCGGUCCAAUCCGGCGGCUCCUUCGAUGUCGACUUCACCGUGACCGCGCCCGGCGGCAAGGUCGUCCUUGACGGCACCAAGGAACGCCAGGGCGACUUUGUCUUCACAGCCCAGAGCAUCGGCGAGUACCAAUUCUGCUUCAACAACGAGAUGUCGACAUUUGCCGAAAAAAUGGUGGACUUUGAGAUUGCCGUUGAGAACGAGCAGCGCGCCCAGCUUCCCUCCCGCCAGGGUGCCAGCCCUGAGCAGACUAGCAACCUUGAAGAAUCCAUCUACAAGCUGUCCGCGCAAUUGUCGACGAUCUCGCGUAACCAGAAAUACUUCCGCACGCGUGAGAACCGCAACUUCAGUACCGUGCGCAGCACCGAGCGCCGAAUCUUCAACUUUAGUGUCAUUGAGUCUCUUAUGAUGAUAUCAAUGGCUGCUUUGCAGGUGUUUGUGGUGCGCUUCUUCUUCCAGGGCGCUCGGAAGGGUUACGUUUGA